AUGGAGGCCAUCAAGAAGCGCAUGAACGCACUUCGCAUCGAGGCCGAUGAAUCAGCCACCAAAGUCGAGGAACUCCAAACCAAAGUCAAAAACCUCGAACAUGAGAACCUGCAGAAGGAGCAAGAGAUUACCUCGCUUCAGCACAAGAACAGCAUGCUGGAACGAGAAGUCGAGAAGUUAGAGAAGAUGCACGGCGAGGCGAAAGCAGCAGCGGACGAGAGCGUGCAACAUGGCAGCCAGAAUGAGGCGUUGACGCGGAAGAUCCAGAUCUUGGAGGAGGAGGCGGAGACCGCGGAUAAGAAUCUGAGAGAGACGAACGAGAAACUACGGCAAACAGACGUCAAGGCCGGCCACUACGAGCGCAAAGUGCAGGCACUCGAGCAGAGCGUGAACCAGUGGGAGACCAAGUACGAGGACAUGGCGAAGAAGUACGCCGACACGAAGAAGGAGCUGGACGACUUCGUGGCUGAGAUUGGUACUAUCUAA